AAACCGUAAACAGUUAUAUCACAGUGUUUGUCGCAGCAAGUUUGUUCUUCAACUUCUUCCACUUUCUUCUCAUUCUUCAGGGAAAGAUCGCGAUGGCCGUGGAAAAAGCGAAAUCGGAACCGGACGGACUGGAGAAAGUGAAGACAUCUUCACCGGUGAUCAACGCCUCUCUGGUCCUCCUGUACGCGAUACUCUCGAGCAUGUUCGUGACCGGAUGGGUGACCUUGAAUAGCUGUCCCAUCAACAAACUGAUUCCGAUUUACUUGAUAGUCGCAGGUUCAACAGGUAUCCUCACCAAAGUCCUGCUGAGCACCACAAACAAAUACGUUUUUAAUUUCGUAUUGUUGCUCGUCGCAUUCGAUGUAGCCUUGCAAAUUUUCGGUUCGUACGUGGUUUACAACGAAUACCAACCGAAUUACGACAAGGACGCAGGACCUUACUGCAGCAGGGUUGCCUAUCUCUUAGCCUUCUGGAUGCUGAACAUCUUUUACUCAAUGACUGGACUCUUCCUGCUGCUCUCCUGCUGCUACUUCCUCAUGAGGAAUUCUUUCAGAAAAACUUGAGAAUAAAAUAAAUUUCUAUA